AUGAGCGGCAUCCUUCAGGGCGAGUCCCGCUCACAGCAACAACCUGGCCUUGCACCCGCCACUUCCAAUAGAGAUGUCCAAAACAGAGGCUCUUUGAUCACCUCGUUUGAUGUGUCUGAAAUAAUAGACAUCACACCAGGCAUCGCUCAGGUUCUGCCCAGCUCUCUUUAUGAGACUGCUGUGCUGGAGACCACCUUCACCCAUGGGAGUUACUCCACAUUCUGGGUCAAGCUGUCCUCCUGCUGGGCGUGUGUGGUUCUGUAUCUGUGGCUCCUCCUGGGUCCCCUGUGCCACUGCCAGUCUGAUCACAAACGACCUCGUCGCGCCCGCAUCAAGAGACGGGCAGCCUCCCACCGCCACGUGGAGGACACGAGAAGUGUCAUUGAAGAGUCCAAAGCUCUCACCACGCAGGCCCUGGCCAGUGUCACAUACCAGAUAAACAAUCUGGCCACAUCUGUGCUGAAAAUCUUAGAUGCUCAGACGGUUCAGCUAAAUCAGAUUGAGUCCUCCGUCAACUUGCUGACUCUGACAGUUGGCAUGUACAAGGAGAAACUAGCUCGGAAAGAGAUCGGCGUGCUGACCAAACAGUCAAAAGUUCCCCGGACUCAGAAGGUGGUUCCCCCAGCGAGUGGCCUGGAGCCGUCUCGUGCAUACAGACGGGUUCCCAUAUCCUACACCCGCUUGGACAAACUGGGCCACAGCCACUGGGAAGGCAGCAAAACUGAAGAGCCAAAAACAGACAAUGAGGACUCUGUGUCUGUACAGCUUGGCACACAGGAGACCAGCACCUUCAACUGGUCUUUUUUGGGAAUCGCAGUUCCUCCUCCAUCAGUGCCUGACUGGGUGGGUUCUAGCGCCUCUGCUCCAGCUGACCUCUCUCCAGCCUCACCGCCUCUUUCACUCAUGUCUGACCGUUCCCCGUCUCUACCAGCCUAUCCCGACCUGUCCAUGCUGCCUCCUCCACCUCUCCCAGAUUAUGAGAUGGGAGACGCUCCACCCCCACCUCCUCCACCCUCUCCUCCUCCACUUAGUUCUGUGUAUGGAGGUUCUUUGGUUCCCCCUCCACCACCUCCACCUGGCCAAAAUACCUUAUUAACUUCAGCAAACCCUCCACCCCCACCUCCUCCUCCACCUCCUGCUGGUAACAUGGCUAGUCCACCUCCUCCUCCACCUCCUCCAGGCAAUGUCACUGUUCCACCUCCUCCACCUCCCAUUCAGGGCAAAACAGAUGCUCCUCCUCCUCCACCUCCUCCUCCUCCUGGCUCUUACAGUGGGUCAUCACUACCUCCACCCCCACCUCCCCCUCCACAAAAUGCCUCCAUGGUGCCACCGCCACCUCCUCCUAAUACUGGAGGAAAAUUUAUUCCACCACCUCCUCCUCCACCUCCCCCAUUUUGAAUGUUGAUUUUCAAU